UCGGGAAGCUGAACAUGGCGGAGGCGGGAAAAGAGCCUGCAGGCCUCGCGUUCCCGGGAGGAGGUGCCACCCAAUGGCCUCUGCAGCGGUAUGGACGCUUCAUGCCCUCAGGCACCGGAGAGCCUCCUAGUCCUGGUCAGGGCCCAGGGACAGCCUCUUCCCUCACAUGGAAGGUUUUUGACUCCAGUGAAGAAUCUGGGUAUCUUGUUCUCACCAUCGUUAUAUCAGGUCAUUUCUUCAUUUCCCAAGGACCCACACUGCUGGAAGGGUUUUCACUCAUUGGUAGCAAGAACUGGUUGAAGAUUGUGAGACGCAUGGAUUGUCUGUUGUUUGGAACAACGAUAAAGAACAAGAGCCGCAUGUUCCGGGUGCAGUUUAGUGGAGGGUCCAAGGAGCAGGCGCUGGAAAGCUGCUGCAGCUGCGUGCAGAAGCUGGCCCAGUAUGUGACCGUCCAGGAGCCUGACAGAGUCAGCCAGGAACUCAGGCCAAGUGCUGGCCUGCUGGGGGCAGGUGAAAGCCAAGGGAAGGAUUGUGCACAGCACAUCCCACCACAGCACCGGUCACACCAGAAGCCAGAGAAGCAGCAGCAGCAUGGACCGGCCGGCACAGGGACUUCAGGAGGAAGGACCUCAGUGAGUUGGUUGGCUCAGUCUCUCCUGGUGUCAGAGGAGCUGUCCCCGGUCUAUGAACAAUCUGCGUGGGACACGGAAGACUUACGCCCCUUUCUACGCUUGUGCCUCAUGGAUCAGAAUUUCCCCGCAUUUGUGGAAGAGGUGGAAAAGGAACUUAAAAAGCUGACAGGGUUGAGAAAUUAACACUCCACGUACAUAUAGCACUAAGGAACUUGAAAAAGUUCACUGAAAAAGUGCUUCCUCCUAAGAUUAGAUACAAGAAUAAAGAGCAUUAUUCCAAGCA